AUGAAGUACGUCGUUGUAUCUGGUGGUGUCAUUUCAGGUAUUGGUAAGGGGGUGUUAGCCUCGAGCACCGGUAUGUUGUUGAAAACCCUAGGUUUGAAAGUAACAUCCAUCAAAAUCGAUCCAUACAUGAACUUGGAUGCUGGUACAAUGUCUCCAUUGGAGCACGGUGAAUGCUUUGUUUUGAACGAUGGUGGUGAGACCGAUUUAGAUUUGGGUAACUAUGAACGUUACCUAAAUGUGACUUUAACUAAGGACCAUAAUAUCACUACUGGUAAGAUCUAUUCCCAUGUCAUCGCUAAGGAACGUAAAGGUGAUUAUUUGGGUAAGACAGUUCAAGUUGUGCCUCAUUUGACUAAUGCUAUCCAAGAUUGGAUUGAGCGUGUUUCUAAAAUCCCAGUUGACAACACUGGUUUAGAACCAGACGUUUGUAUCAUUGAAUUAGGUGGUACUGUCGGUGAUAUUGAAUCUGCGCCAUUCGUCGAGGCUUUAAGACAAUUCCAAUUCAGAGUUGGAAGGGAAAACUUUGCCUUGAUUCAUGUGUCUUUAGUUCCAGUUAUUCAUGGUGAACAAAAGACUAAGCCAACUCAAGCUGCUAUCAAAGACCUGAGAUCUUUGGGUUUAACUCCAGAUAUGAUUGCAUGUCGUUGUACCGAAAAGCUAGAUCAGCCAACCAUUGACAAAAUCGCUAUGUUCUGUCAUGUUGGUCCUGAACAAGUGGUUAAUGUCCAUGAUGUUAACUCGACAUAUCACGUCCCACUUUUGUUGUUAGAACAGAAGAUGAUUCACUACUUAGCUGAAAGAUUAAGUAUAUCGAAGAUUGAACUAUCCAUUGAAGACACUCAAAGAGGUGAUGAUCUAUUGCAAAGAUGGAAGAAUCUAACUUCUAACAUUGACGAAUCUCUUGAAACUGUAAAGAUUGCUUUGGUUGGAAAAUACACAAACUUGAAAGAUUCAUAUCUUUCUACCAUUAAAGCAUUGGAACACUCCUCUAUGAGAUGUAAACGUAAGUUAGAAAUCAUUUGGGUUGAAGCAUCAGAUUUGGAACCAGAAACUAAUGAAAAUGUGGAAAAUAAGGCCAAGUUCCAUCACGCAUGGAACUGUAUUUCUAUAGCAGAUGGUAUUCUAGUCCCAGGUGGGUUCGGUAGUAGAGGUACCGAAGGUAUGGUUCUUGCAGCCAAAUGGGCUAGAGAAAACAACAUUCCAUAUUUGGGUGUUUGUUUAGGUCUACAAAUUGCUACCAUUGAAUUUGUAAGAAACGUCUUGGGUAACAAAAACGGUACAUCUGCUGAAUUCUUCCCUGAAUCUAACGAAGAAGAUCAUGUCGUUGUAUACAUGCCUGAAAUAGACAAGGAAAACAUGGGUGGUACUAUGAGACUUGGAUUAAGACCAACUAUCUUUGAGCACGACACAGAAUGGAGCAAGAUUAGAAAGCUAUACGGUGGCGGAUCACAGGUCGAGGAGAGACACCGUCAUCGUUACGAAAUCAACCCUAAACUAAUCGAAUCUUUAGAAAACCAUGGAUUGAAAUUUGUCGGUAGAGACGAAACGGGUCAAAGAUGCGAAAUUUUAGAACUUGAAAACCAUCCAUAUUUCGUUGCUACUCAAUACCAUCCAGAAUACAUGUCCAAGGUUUUGGACCCAUCUACGCCAUUCUUGGGUUUAGUUGCCGCUGCUUCUGAUAUGUUAAACGAGGUCAUUGAAGCCAGAACCUCUGAAACAGGUAAGGCUGAUUUCUAA